GGCAGGGGUGAUAAGCUGCCGGCUAUUUCGGACACAAUAAGAAGGAGGCGCACUGGGCAGAACAGGAUUUUUUACACAUAUUGUGAGGAAAUUACUCUGUUCCUGUUAUGAGGGAAUACAGAAGUCUCUGUGCAUGUGCAGCAUGAAAGACAAUCCUUCCUCCUGCUCACAUGUGGAGCUGCUGGCACUUCUUCAGCUGUGCGAUCAGGAACAGUGUUACGGUGGACGUCUGUCUGAAUGUGCAACAUCCAUGUUUCUCUACAUGCUAAUCUUCAUGGCGUAUCAUGGCAGCAGAUGGAUACCGAGGAAUCAGAGAUUAAAAUUUCAGAUAGUGAAUGCAGUGUUCACGGCACUUGUUCUGGUCCCUCAGUUUUACGUCAUGGGAAGGCCAAAAUCCUCAAGAUACUGCAGGCAGCCUCUUCUGAACAACCUUUCAGCCUCCAUUGCCUUUUCCUUCGUAGCUUCAGGUUUUUCAGUGAUAUUCACAUUGAUAUACCCAGUUCCUCAGAGUUUGUGGGCUUCCUAUCAUGUGUUUGGGCUGCUGACAUGUGGACACGGACUAUGCACUGCCAUCUUGACUCUGACAGCAGCAGCAUGUGCUAAAACCACCCCCGAGCUGUACUACAUGUCCCUCAUUCUAACGGCCCUUUCUAUUUUCAGUACAGGGUUUUUCGCUGUGAGAGGAGGACUGUGGUUGACCAACAGGCUGCCUGUGACCGAAAGCAGUCCAGCUGUCCCACGUUGACAUCUGAUACUCCACAUAUUAAGAUUUCAUGUGGUUUCCAUGCCACCAACCGCUCGUAACUUAAAACCAUGGGAACAUAAAAAAAAAAAAAAGGGGGGAAAGGGACUUAAUCCUCCUCACGUUUUAAAGCUCACUUCAGGAAAAUGUCACAAAGCAGGCGUUUGUCUCGACUGUUAAAGCUAUUUGAUUUUUUAUUUGUUGAUGAUUUACAUUUGCUACAUUUGUUAAUAAAAAUAUACUUUACACAGUAGAUUCGGUGUGGAAUUAUACAAAUAUAAAUGUGGAAUCUGUAUACAGUACUGAAAGUGAUAUUUAUCUAAUUGGAAAAGCAAAGCUGCAUUAAACAGAUUGUAGCAGGAAAAUAUAAAGGAAAUGGUUUAUAUUGAUGAAGCUAUAGGAUAUCCAGGUUGUAUUAUUAAAAAAAGUGCAGAUGGUCUUCCAAAACAUAAGUAAUCCCCGUCAUCUUCAUGAUUUACAAAAACAGGAACUGGGAAAAACAGCAAAUCAACCUAAAGUUGAAAUGAAGGUGUUCUUGUUUGGACUUCAUCUAUAAAAUGCUGCUUCAGAUCACCGGUAUUCAAUUUUCAAAGUGGAAUGUGGAUGUCUACGGGUGAGGAAUGUGCUUUUUUAUUAGUGAAGCACCAAAUGUUUUGAAUUACCUGAAACAUUUCAAGAACAAAAUGGUCGUAUUUCUAUUAUUAACAUACAAACAAAAUAUAUUAUUUAUGGGAACAGUCACAUUUCAGUCUCUUUUUUUUUUACUCACUGAUGAAAGUUUAAGUGGGUCACUGCCACUCAACAAAAGAAAACAUACAAUCAAGAAGUGUAGAUUAGAUUCACAAAUUCACCUGAGAUCAUACAAACACCCUGGGUUAUAAGUACAUAAAUCUUUGUGUUUGUGGGAAUUGGCUUUCGGCUCCAGAUGUUUACAACAUCAGAUUUUCAUAUAGAGCUACAUACUCUGUCACUCCUCUCACACAUAAUUAGAAAAAUCUGAAUAAUCAUUUCACUCUCUACACACUCGCACACAGAAAAAGAUUUGAUUGCAGUUUUAAAUAAAAAAGGACUGUACCAGCAAUUUUUAACCCAUUAACUACAAAUCUCAGUACUUUACAUUCCUCCAACAAAGCUUUUGACUGAAGCCUAGCUUUUAAAGGCAAAGUUUUCAACUUGGAAAUUGGUCCAGUGUUGAGCGAGUGUGCUGUAGUUGGCAGAGGCAAAACAGGGCUGCAACAUAAUCCUUUCGGGCUAUUGCGCACCAUCAAAGUACGCCCACGCAAGUGCUUGUUUUUGCCACUGAUAGGCUCAGAUUGUUAUUAGAGGUGUCUAGCAACAGUGUCAAACGGAUCUACAGUGAUAGAACUUUUUUAAGAGUAAGAAAAAAAAAAAAA